UGAUUGUUCAUGACUGGCACGGGUACGUCAUCACAUCGCGUCUUUAACACAAAUCGCAUGCAGCCUAAUCUUAACCCGCAUGAGUUUUGUAAACAUUUUACUUUUCCUGGCAAGUUCUAACUGAAAUGGCACCGACUGAUAACAAAAAAAAGGAUCAUAAGUUUGUGGCGAAAGCUGGUAACUGGAAGAAACCACAAAAUACCCUACAUGGUGUCAACAAGAGGAAAUGGGUCCCCGACAACAAAGUAUUUGAAGGCAGUGUUAAAGAAGGACAAGGGUUUGCUUUAAAAAGAAAGGAAAAAGUCAGACAUGAGUACAACAAACUGCUGCGUAAGGAGAAAAGGAGGACCCCUGCGUCCAAAGCUCUCUACAAGGAGGAGUACCCCGAACACCUCCGGCAUCUAUACGUGGCCGAGGCAGAGAAACUGAGGAACGAGGCCUGGACCCAUCGCCUUAACAGGACCAAGCAGAGACUGUUAGGGCAGGAGAAAAGAGAAGAGACAGCUGAAGAUGAUGCUCCUGCUGAAGCUGCUGAACCAGUUCCAGAAGAUGCUGGUGGAUCUGAGCAGACAGAUGCUGGUGGAUCUGAGCAGACAGAUGCUGGUGGAUCUGAGCAGACAGAUGCUGGUGGAUCUGAGCAGACAGAUGCUGGUGGAUCUGAGCAGACAGAUGCUGGACCUGUGAACUCUGAACCAGCAGCAUCCUCAGAGAAAGACUGUCUUCCAAUGAGCAACCGCAUGAGGAAGAAAAUGCAGAAAAAGACGUCCUACGAGAAAACAAAAGAGGAAUUUGAGUCAGUGGAAGAAAAACGUAAAAAGAAGAAAGAGGAGUUCCUGACAGACAAGCAGCAGAGAGACGAAGCCAUCAAGAAGUACAAACAGAAAAAGGAGGAGACUUUUCAGAUACUUAACAAAAAGACCAAAAAAGGACAACCCAAUCUGAACUUACAAAUGGAGUAUUUGCUUCAAAAGAUCACUCAAGGAGCUGGGAAAUGAGUCUCAACGAAGAAUAUAUGGGACCCUGCCUCUAUUCGAUUGCGCGAUUAAAAAAAACCCAGAGAUUACCCGUGGACGACUUGGAUUGAACUUUUCACACAAAUAUCUCUUUUCAAUGCUGAUUUAUGUUUAGAGUGGUGUUCUGUUCUUUGUUCAGUAUUUUGCCCCAGGAAAAACUGUUCAUUUGUAAUAUCAGACCACAAGGUGGCAUUGUGAAACCUGAGGAGAAGGGGAAAUGUGCUUAUGUAAGAUAUUAUUACACAAUAAAUGUUUUAUCUUUCUGUAA